GCGGUGGUUGUCAAUGUUGCUCUCACUCAGACGUCGUUCGCGCCGCCGCUUCCAGUUUCCUCACUCCAACGGGUACUCGACGUAUGCACACCAUUGCUCGCUCAAGUCAAGCACGUCAUAAGAACAAGACAGUGGCGACUGCCUGUCAAGCUUUAAAAUCCAACGGUCGGACGUCCAGACUCCACGUACACCAAACUCGGACUUGGGCAAGGACUCGGAGUUCCUGAGUUCUCUAUGCUACUUGCAUAUUUAGCACAUUUCCGACACCUACGGGACGCCAGCAAGCAGCCGGCGUCGCUAUUUCUGUACCUGCAUCAUCCAGAUAGUCCUACGAUCAACAGCGCGCAAGAUACUGUCGCUCUCCGGGUAACCCGAUGUUAGCGCACUCGCAAAGCACUUGAAGUUGCCUCUGCAGGCGGCGCUGUCCGUGCUUCCUCGAAGUGGACCACCGUCGUGUUGUGCUGCUCUAUUAGUGUUGCAACGAUGAUCAAGGUUCCAGCUGCCGUAGUCGUCUGCACUGUGGCUCUCGUCGUAUGCUACGCCUACCAGAGCGGGCCUCUCGUAGCCAUCCUUGUCUGUGUCUCCGCGCAUCUCGCUACCCAGGUCAUCUCUGCGGCGCGCACAAAGCCCUACCCCCCUGGUCCGCGCGGAUGGCCCGUCCUUGGCAACCUGCUGCAAAUCCCCCAGGACAGCCCAUGGCUCACCUACUCCGCCUGGGCAGACACCUACGGAGAAGUCGUCCAUCUCAAGGCCCUUAGCGACCACCUCGUGAUCCUCAACACUGCGCAAGCCGCAAAGGACCUGCUCGAUGGUCGGUCUACCAUCUAUUCUGACCGUCCUGGCUCGGUCAUGACAGAACUAUCGGGAUUCGGGAUCGAGAUGCCCAUGCUGUCUUACAACGAUCAGUGGCGAAGGCAGCGCAAGAUCUUCGUCCAGUCGUUUAACUCGGGCAUGAUGCCGGGCUAUCAUCGAAUCCAGGAGCACGAGGCCCGCAAGCUCGUGCAGGGCAUUCUUCGACGUCCGGAGACGUUAGUGAGCCAGACCAAGACACGGAUUGCGGCGAUCAUAAUGCGCGUCACGUACGGCUACACUGUCAAGGGUGAGGACGACCCGAUGAUCACCGUGCCAUUCGCCGCGAUGGAGAACUUUGGCACCGCGACGGAGCCCGGAACGUGGAUUGUCGACUUUAUCCCACAGCUGCAAUAUUUGCCCCGUUGGGUUCCCGGGGCAUCGUUCUUGCGCAUUGCGGAGGAAUACAGGCAGCUCGAACACAAGGCGUCUUGGAGUCCGUACCUGUGGUGCAAGGAGAAAGUGCAAGAAGGAUCAGAGGAGCCGUGUCUCGUCGCAUCCGCACUGAGUCAGUUCGAGGGCGAUAUGAACAAUGAAGAUGAGGCUGCCCUCGUCUGGGCUGCAUCUUCCGGCCUUGGUGGUGGUCUGGACACGAACAUGUCGACCAUUUUCACCUUCCUGCUUGCGAUGAUGCGGAAUCCGCACAUCCAGGCAAAGGCGCAGGCGGAGAUCUAUGAGGUCGUAGGCACUGAGUGCCUCCCGUCGAUUACAGAUCGGCCGUCGCUGCCGUACGUGAGGAGUGUGAUAGCGGAGGUCUUUCGCUGCGACCCGGCUACGCCACUAGGCCUACCUCAUGCAGUGCGUCAGGACGACGUGUACAAGAACUACCUGCUGCCCAAAUCGUCGAUCGUCAUCCCCAACGUCUGGCGAAUGCUCCAUGACCCAUGCGUAUACCCGCAGCCGGACGAGUUCCGCCCAGAGCGAUUCGAAAACAGCGACAGCGAGAUGCGGAAGGUGACCGACCUCGUCUUUGGCUUCGGCCGCAGGUCAUGCCCUGGCUCGCAGUUCGCGGAAAGCUCCAUCUUUGCUAUAGUGGCGACCAUCCUCGCGACAUGCAACAUUGUGCCUAAGUUGGAUGAGCAAGGACAGCCGAUCGUCCCCCCGAUGGAAUACACGAACGGCGUCAUAGUAUUUCCAAAGCACAUUGUGUGCGACGUCAAGCCGCGGUCACCCCGCGCGGAGGAGCUUCUUGGGGAGUAUCUUUCCCGAAGCCAAUGAUGGGGCGCAGUCGAUCCCGUACACCAAUUGGCAUGCAUUUAGUGCAUUACCACUGAGUACACCUGAACGAAUUCGUGCACCACGGUCUUGGUAUGCGGGUGAUAAUACAUGAGGACGUAGGAGGGCGCUGUCACUGGUCCAUGCCUGAAUACAUUACUCUGCGAAUCUAUAACUUUAUAAUUGCGACGAGGUGUGCAUGACAAUAGGUGUUUCACGACGUGAGUGACUCCCUACGUCCGUUAAAAUGAUCCGAAGCUCUGGCAACACCGCUCACCGAUAUGGCAAGUGCUGCCGGCAGCAGCUUCGCCGGUGAGCACAUACAACAUGUCUCUCCUUGGGUUUCAUCGCGAGAAGAUGUUCAG